GCGCGCGCAGAUAUAAACCCGAGCGCGCACUGUGCGCUCAGAAGAACAGAGGACACGGCACAGGAGGGCGCGCAAAACUCUGCUCAAAUCAUUGGAAAUAUGCAUCCUAACUUGGUCAGCUGGCUGGGGACCCUGGGGUUCCUGCUGUGGGCGCUGCUCUGCCUUGGAGCCUUAACAGAGGGGUAUCCAAUGAAGCCAGAGAACCCAGGAGAGGACGCUCCUGCGGAGGAGCUGGCCAAAUACUACUCAGCUCUGAGACACUACAUCAAUCUCAUCACAAGACAGAGGUAUGGGAAGAGGUCCAGUCCUGAGAUUCUGGACACACUGGUGUCAGAGCUGCUGUUAAAAGAAAGCAAAGACACACUUCCACAGUCAAGUUACAACCCAUAUUUGUGGUGAUGUAAUCACCAGUGUCGGCCCUCACUCUACCCUCAUGCCUUCAAUAACUACUCUGACCUGCCCCUGUCACUUCUCCGAGUGGUCGACCAUUCGUCCUUGCAGAUCAACUAUACCGUCAGCACUGCUCAUACACUGACACGUGCCAUUCUACUGUAAAUAACUUCUUCUAAUUCAUUUUCAGUGACGGAGAAUUGAGGAGAGGCGUGUUGAUUGUAUUGUAUAGUUGUGUUAUUAAAAGCUCACUGUUUGAACCAAAGUUUGGACCACUUAUUGAUGGCUUGAGUUUAUUGCUUAAGGGAAAAAUUCAAGACAUUGCACUGUUGGGUCAUGUGUGGAAAUAGUGUGACCAAAGAGCACUGAUGGGCACGGGUUUAUGUGACCUGUAGAGUAUUUUCGCCCCUGAAAUAUAAUAAAAAAAAACAUGAUGUAUAAACAGAAUUUAACAACAACAGCAAAAUUAAUUAAAAAUGAAAAAUAAAACAGAUUUUAUAAAAUCAAACCAUGUCACGAUUCCGAGUAAGUGUAAAACACUUUUUAGGAAACACCAGUGUUCAAAAGCUCUUUGACCUGCCCUUCUGUAUGAAAGAUGCUUUACAAACAAAGCUGUCUGGCCUGAAGUGUAACUGUGUGAAAUAAAGUUCUUGCAAUAUUCA